AGGCCCUCGGUCAGGCCUUCAUGGACUGCUGCUGCUGCUGCUGUCAAGAGUGCCAACCAACUGCAGCCCAAGGCUCGCCAGGCUCCACCCACAUCAAGCUGAAGGCAUCUAAUGAGGCGUCCACCUUCUUUGACAAAGCUAAAGACACAUCAGCUAUCUUGUCCAUCUCAAGCUAGAGUCAGGAGUCUGUCUUCCUCCAGCAGUCUAUAGACCAACCUGCUCCUGGUCCACUGGUCUGCGUUAACUCAUGUUGCUGUUCUCUGAACGCUACAGCUCCUCUCUUUACAUCAUCUCUCCAUCCUUUCUCUCCUCCUUCCCUCAACAAGCUCUUGUGUUCAUUUUUCUUUCUGUCUCCACCUUCUCAAUGUCUUUUCCGACAGCAGGAACCGAGUUCUGGACUCUGAUCGGACUCUUCCCUCUGUAGACUGAAGCUGUGUGGUUUAUUCGUUCUUACAAAAAGUAAAUUAAGCUAAAUUAGACGAUUAGUUUCUGUAAAUGAUUAGGUCGGAGGAGAACGUUGGAGGUCUUCUGCUGGGACGAGAUGCUGCUGGGAAAAGAAGAGUUUGAUGGAAGGUUGGUGGUUCUGAUGUCAGAUUGUUUCAGGCCUUUUAAAGUUUAAGUGAGAAAUUUAAAAACACCUCUGGAUUUAUUUUGGCUUUUCUCCAAGGGUCAGAACUACACAUACAUAAUCAUACCCAGACCUUUUGGAGGUUGUUCUCCUUAUCAUAGAUCCAUCCUCUUUGAACCCAAUCAUG